AUGGGCGUGUGGCCUUUCGGCUCCUCGGACCCACGCGGCGACGCCAUUCGCUCCGGCGCAGCCAUCCCCAACCGCUCCGAGCGCAAGGUCUGCUGGGCCGCCCGCGACGCCUACUUUGGCUGCCUCGACGCCCACAACAUCGACGACCCCCUCAAGGACCCUAACCAGGCCGAUCGUGUCGCCUGCCGCGCCGAGUCCCAGCAGCUCGACCAGGACUGUGCCGCCCAAUGGGUUAAAUACUUCAAGCAAUGGCGUGUUGCCAACCUGCAGAAGCAGCGUCGUCUAGACGAGUUGCGCCGCCAGGGCGCUACGGAAAUGACCGUCACCACUACUUUUGCGCCGGAAGGUGGGGUCAACGAGAAGGGAAAGGGCAUUGAGGAUAUCCAGGGUAUGCUGGAGUCCAAGAGGAGAUAA